UAGUUAAUUUAAUUUCAUGGUAGGUGGAUAUAUUAGUAUGCCUAUCCAGGUAUGGAAGAGUAGAGAUGAAGAGGUCUCAUAACCCAUGGUAAUUGCUUUUAGGUUACUCCAUGUAUUUGUGUUCAGUAAGUAAAUAAAAUUUGCUUUAUCGAGAUAAUAAAUUCACUACAUAUUAGCAGUUAGAAACGCUAUUGUAGUGUGAGCUAUUUCCCAUCACUGAUCACUCUACAGUGAGGAAUGUUCAUUUAUGUUUAUGACUAAAAGAAGAUAGAAAAUGGCACAAUCAAAAUGGGAUUCUUUAGAAAAUGAUCAAUUUGCCUCUGAAAACCAAAAAUCUGAACUUGAAUGGAAAAAGAAACGCAAACUUGAAAGAAAGCGGAAACGCGAACUACUGGAAGAAGAGACAACAAAAGAAGAUAGAAAUAUAUUAUCUUUCAGGUCCUAUCUAUCAGCCAAUGUACCUCGAUUGGGGUCUUGCGAUGGUAUUCAGGAUUAUGAAAUCUUGAACAAAAUAGAAGAAGGAUCUUAUGGAAUUGUCUAUCGUGCAAAGGAGAAAUCGACGGAAAGGUUAGUAGCUUUAAAGAAGAUAAAGUUCGAUCCUAAUGGGUUUGGUUUCCCAAUCACAAGUCUAAGGGAAAUUCAUUCAUUAAACAGUGUUCGACACGACCAUGUGAUGGAACUGAAGAAGGUCGUAGUUGGUAAUGAUUUGAAAGAUAUAUACUUAGUUAUGGAGUUUAUGGAACAUGACUUGAAAUUUCUUUUGGAUGAUAUGCCUGAGGAUUUUCUUAUAUCUGAAGUAAAAACAUUAUUGCUUCAGCUACUAGCGUCUACGGCCACCAUCCAUUACCAUUGGCACCUACAUCGAGAUUUGAAGCCGUCAAACUUAUUGAUGAAUAAUACAGGGGAGAUCAAAGUUGCUGACUUUGGUUUAGCUCGCCCAACGUCCGAACCAAAACCAAAAUUGACCCGCGUUGUUGUUACACUUUGGUACCGAGCCCCAGAGCUUUUGCUGGGUACUCCGAGUUAUGGUAGAGAAAUCGACAUGUGGAGCAUUGGGUGUAUAUUUGCUGAAAUGGUGAAUCGAACUCCGCUUUUUCCUGGAAAAAACGAGUUGGAUCAGUUGCAUAAGAUUUUUAAUAUUUUGGGGUAUCCUGAUGAAGAAGAUUGGCCCCAAUACAGAUUACUACCUCAUGCCAGUAAAAUAAAACUACCGACAAUAAAAACGAAGAAUAGAUUACGAGAAGUUGUGAAGAACCUGACAGCUAAUGGAUAUGAUUUGAUGGAACGCCUUCUUUGUCUUAAUCCAGCUAAGCGCAUAUCGGCAAAAGAAGCAUUGCUUCACCCAUUUUUUUACGAGUCUCCUCGACCUAAAGAUCCAAGAUUUUUCCCUACCUUCCCAAGUAAAGCCAAAGGUGAAAUACGCGGUGGAAAUUUCAUGUCCACCAGUACCUCACAAGAGUCUAUGAAACAAUCAAGAUAGUAUGUUUUAAUCUUCCUUAGCAACAGUCGGAAAAUGAGAAUGAUAAAAGUCUGAUAUACUUAUACUAUGGAACUAAAAUAUAAUUCGGCCCUUUUUUGAUUUUCUUCCAAACAUAUAAUUAAUGAAUCACUUUCGAAAGAGAACGAUGGGAUAACUAACCAAUUGAUGAGCAAAAUCGAGUGGACUCUACUACUACUGCCUUCUGUUUUCUCUACAGUUCUAAUGUCGUUCGAAACAAACAGUAUAUUGUCAGAGGUAUAUAUAACAAUUGAGAGUGAAAUUACAAGUUCAUACAAACGUUGGUUGUCAAUGAUGGAUUGCUAAAUUUGUACAAUAUUCGAUGCUUUGCAUUGUGCAUGGAUGUCUGAUGUAAUAAGAUUCACAAAACCAUGAAUAGUUUGGUUGUCUUGGGGAAUCUCUUGUUAUAUUCAUAUUUUUAUUUUUUAAUACAGCUGGAAUAGGUUUUCCAUAUUUAUUGUUAUCUAACAUAGUAAACGAUUUUAGAUAUUAAAGUAUUCA